UUGAGAAGUUAUGUCAUUUUGACGUUGACUUGACUUUGACAUUUCAUUUUGGAAGCUCUCGCGAUUGGGAGAGUGCGAAAUUAUCGCCGAUUUUGAUUUUCUAAUUUAUUUUUUCUUGUGAAAAUCAACAUAGAUAUAAACGUGUUUAUAAUCGAAUUUAAGUGCAUAGAUAUUAUAUUAUUAGCUGGUAAUUCCAUUUUCUUUUAUACCAUACAUUAUUGGAUUAUAUCAUGUGCAGAUAGUAUGUACUUUGGAAUCAAUACUCGAAUAGCAAGUGAGCUUGGAUUUUAUUGGAUUUAAUAUUGAACAAACUUGUUACAAUGAGAAGGAGUUUUGCUUAGUGGACGCCAGGGUGAAGUCAAACAGUAAUUAUGCUUUUCACGCCGAUUUACAUCGCAAUGACUUUCAUAAAGACCUGGCGUAUUCGCUCAUUUAGAGCUCGUUUGUUGGAAUUUCUAAGUGGUAAUACGAGUGUCGCCUUUUGUAAAGUACCUGAAAAUGCUGCAGAAACCCCUACACUCAGUUCAAAGUUAUGUAUAAAUCCAAAGAAUGCAUACUUGUGUGACCUCCUCGACUACACCAAUGCAUCUAGGAUAUGCAGUAUGAAGCCCACUCAAUGUAUAGAAGUCACUGACUGGGUGUCCUGUGCUGGAGGCCUGCCAUUGGGAUCUGGAGACUCAACAGUGGAAUCUGAUCUCAAUGUUGAAGUGUUGUUUGAAUGUGAAAUGGACCCUCAUGAAGAAAGCUCCUAUCAUGAUAUAGUUACACUGGAAUCUAUGGGCCAGCCUGUAGCCUGGAAAGCAGGAUCACAUCUGGCGAUAGUGUUGAAGACAAAUAUUGAAAACCUAAGUGUUGUUGGCUUCCAUUUUGUUGGAGGAGAGUUUAUUAUAGAUCACAAAUUACCAGUUGUUAGAAUACAAACUGUUCAAAUAUCUGGAGAACCAAAUAAAGCAACAGAUCUAUCAAUGAGAGGUCUUCGUAGUGAAAUACAAGCCAGCUUAAAGCAAUCUCAUGAACAGUUCCAAUGGCCAGUCCACGCGGCUCUCUUAAGAAAAUUAUCCAAAGUUGUUGAUAUCAAAUCUGAUAGGAGAAAUGGCGUAGAAAUGAAUGGCGGAAGUGACCAAAUUGACACAACAUCUGUAGGUAGAAGAAAUGUUACCCUCACGGAUGUUAGUACGAUCACAACCAAAUCCCUCUCAGAUGAUCAAGAUGAGCCACCAAAACAGAAAGAACCAGAAAGUUCCGAACCAGUAUCACAGAUCGAGGUAAAAUUCUCAAAACAGUCCCCAGUCAAAAUAACACAAACCAUUACAGAAAGUACAAGUACAAUACGUAAAUCCCCGGAAAAGAAACUUGGGAAGUCACCUGAAAAAGUUCUAGGUAAAUCGCCAGAAAGAAAACUUACAGUUCCUGAGGGUGAAGAAUUAGUGGUUGAAAAUGUUACUGUCGAAAUCCAACACAACAUAACACCAAAGAAGUCUAGUCUCAAAUUAGAUUUGAAAAAGGGAACGAGUCAACUCUCUUCUUCAUUGCUCAAUAUUUCAAGUCAAAUAAAAUCGAUAACGACUCAUAAAAGGGUAGUCAGCACGACCGCUCCGAAGAGACCUCAGAGUCAAAUGGAAGUGACAACACAAAUCAAAGAGGAAACGCCGAAAAGCUCGCCUUCUCAAAUGACGCCAAAGUCCACAAAAAGUUCCCGUCCAUUAGUGAAUACUAAAUCACCAAAUGUAUUAAUCUAUUCAGAUAGUAUAGUGGCUAGAGACAAUCUAGAAGCAUCUUUGAGAAAAGUAUUAGACUGUGAUAGGUACACAGUGUACAGUGUAACGCCGGAGACGCUGUGCGCGGGCGCGUGGCGUGGGCGUGCGGCGCUGGUGGCGGUGGCGGGCUGCGCGGGGCGCGCGGCGCCGCUGCUGCUGGCGCACCUGCUGGACGGCGGCCGGCUGCUGGGGCUCUGCACCGACCUGCUUCACACCGUGUUGCCGCACUACAAGACUGCUGAGAUUAGAGAAAACGAAGUAGUGCAAUUUUCCUAUGACAAGUGGAAGUCAGUUAAGAUGAAACACCAUAUAUUCUGCUACCAAGCAUCGCCUGCUAAGAAACAGUUUUCAACAGAAAGUGAUAGACAAGCCAGUCAGGACGCUAAUAUGUGUUGGUACGCAUUUACACCCUAUUCCGAGCCUUCGAAAUAUACUGGGCAUCCUGGUCAUGAGCUCGAUAUCCAGGUGUUGGCCUCGGAAGAGACGUGGCGCACUCCGUCCCUGCUGCAGGCUACUGACCUAACAAACAAUGGUGUUGCCAUAUUCUCACAGAUACAUCUAGAAGCCGAUCCUUGCGACUAUCUCGGCGAAGAAGGGAUCAGAAGCAACGAAGCCAGACUGGAGAUCCUACACAAAAUCCUAGGUGAUAUUCUAGGCCUCCACGUCAAAGACACCCGAGAAAUCACCCAGUUAGAAUACACCAGGGGUUACUUCCUUGGAAACCACGUGCAAAAGAUGUCGCUAGUGGAGGAGUGGUGCAAAGCAGUGGACGGACGGCGCGUACAGAAGCUCGCUGGCUUGACGAUACAAUGGUGCAUGCGGGACGAGGCCGCCAUACAACCCCCCUCCGAGACCUUCCUCCCCGUCCACUUGUACGAGUGUCCUGAACACUUCUCCACUGUUGAAUAUUUUGAUAACCUAACGUCAACCCACCUCGGGCGCGCAGUAAUAUACGCGGACGUGCUGUCCACCACGCUGGCAGUGAUGCGCAGCCCGCUCGCGCACGGCGUGGGCGCCGUGGCGCGGCGACAGGUGGCGGCGCGGGGCCGGGGUGGCAACCACUGGAUCACCACCCCGGGCCAGGCCGCCAUGUCCCUGCAGGUGUGGCGGAAAAUCUCCCCGACUUUGCCGUUAGUGCAGCACGCAGCGGCCCUAGCUGCCGUGCGCGCCGUGCGCUCGGACCCGGCCUACGACCAACUCGAUAUAAGAAUAAAAUGGCCUAACGACAUUUACUUUGGACGCGAAACUAAAAUAGGCGGUACUAUCACCACUGCGAAUUGUACGGGCGACGAUGUUAUUAUCGAUAUAGGUACGGGUGUUAACAUUUCGAACAGCGUCCCAACGACAUGCGUUAACGAUAUAAUAGCGGACUACAACAAAAAGCACGGUACAACACUAGCGUCGAUAUCGAUAGAGAAGUUCCUAGCUCGAUAUUGUUCACAAUUAGAGCGAAUUUUGGAGUAUAUGGAAACUGAAGGCGGAGUUGAUGCAUUCCUUGAGCAGUACUACCAGUAUUGGCUACACAGCGACGAGGAAAUUCGCGUCCAAAGCAGUGAUGGCGGCAGUCCGGUGCAAGGCACCAUCAGCGGGCUGGACUCGGCUGGAUGGUUGUUGGUCCGGACACACAGCGGGGACAUCCGCGUCGCGCCCGACGGAAACACCUUCGACAUCAUGAGUGGACUUAUUGCCCCUAAACUUUAAGAUAAGGACCAGAAGUUAUAUAAAUGUUUAAAGUCCAGUAUGAGCCUUAAGUCUAAGCUUUGACGCCACCCAUGGAGUGCAGUGAAGAACAAAUCAAAGUCGGCUUUAUUCACUUUGGCAUAGAGUUGAAAUUGGAAUAAUGAAAACAAAACAUGGAGGAAACUCAAAGCUUAGUUUGAGUUGUUAUCUAAAAAGACGCUAUGCCCCGGCUCCAUUCUAUUCUACAGGUGUGCGUUGUGCUUUAAAGGUUGGGGUUCCUCGACGUGGCGCAUACACGUAGCGCAGGAAUAUAAGAUUACUGAUAAUAAUAUGAUGAACCACCUUGAGACCGACCGCAUAUUAUCAGAAAUUGACCGUCGGAAAAAAUUGUAAUAGAUCCCGCAGGCUGUCAGAAUUUUACCGGAUCGGUCGUACGCUUCUGAUGUAGGUAUGUACUCAGGGUGAGAGCGACAGAUUGAUUUCUAACAGAUAUUUUUUGACAAAAUGCUUAAGAAUACCUAUAGUGCCCGUCAGCUCUAGCAAAGUUAAUUCGUAUAUGACGGUUCACUGUUACUCCCAAGGUGCUGGCAUGGCGACCUCGCACGGGAAAUCACAGCGAUGGCAGAUCUAUUUACAAUUUUUUUAACUGGUUUUACGGCUCUGGGGUCUAGCCCUUUUGAGCCUAUCUACUUACUAGGUGAAUAAACGAGUGGCAGGGAGCCGCUGGCGUUAGACCGCAGCGUGUGUAAUUCCUUAUAAAAGACCUAUGUUCAGCAUUUGACGGCUAUCGUCUCGCGACUAAUAAGGACCUUAAGGGGCAUGAGACACGCGAAAUUCAAAUUUAAUUUGGGUUUUCGCAAUUUGUAAACUAAUACGACAACGUAGGCUAAUAAA